AUGGCGGCAAGGAGCUUGGGAAGUGUGAUUAGGGCAAGUUCGCUCCAUGUGAGCACGCCGACCCACUGGCUCACCUCGCGGUUCCACUUUGCGUUUGCGGAUUGGUGGGACGGGCCGCAGCAGUACGGCGUGCUUCGGGUCGUCAAUGAUGACAUUGUCGAGGCGCGAUCGGGCUUUCCUCCGCAUCCGCAUCGCGAUAUGGAGAUCUUCUCGUAUGUGGUCGACGGUGAACUCUCGCACAAGGACUCGAUGGGUUCCGAGGAGACGCUGGGGCGCGGAGCGGUGCAGUACAUGUCGGCAGGGCGUGGCGUGAGGCAUUCGGAGAUGAACAACGGCGAGGUCCCGACCCGGUUCCUGCAGAUCUGGGUCCGCCCAGCAGAACGCAGCGUCGAGCCGCAGUACGGCUCGGUGGCGUUUGCCGAGGCCGACCGGGCUGGCAAGCUGCUGCACGCCAUCAACGGCGCGGUGAACACAACACCCGGCGGGCACGACAAGACGAUCACGCUUGGGCAGGACGUCAACGUCUACAUCUCGCAGCUAGGUGCCGCCGGCGACGAGAGUGUGGCGUUCAAGCUGGACAGCGAGCGGCAGCUAUACCUGGUGUGCAUUGAGGGCGCGCUCCGCAUCGACGGCGGCGCCGACGGGUCUGUCGAGCUGGGCGAGCGCGACGCGUUCAAGCUCCGCGGCGAGCACCAGCUCCAGUUUACGUCGACAGGAGAUGCGGCCGCAGAUGCUCACUUUCUCUUCCUGGAGAUGGCGGCGUCCGAUGACUGA